UCAGGAACAAGAUUGUUCUGGGCCGCCGUUUGAGGUGUCACUAACUCCGUCAACAAUCGACCGUCAAUAACGCCGUGUAACGUCCUCGGUCUUUCGUCCACAUGUAACGGACCAGAUCCUUUCGCGAGAAUGUCUUAAGCCGAACGGCGCCGCUGCCCCGGAAAGAACGAUAGCCUUUUCGCUCCACCGAAAGUUCAUUGCCGCUUGGCGGCUGAGAACGUGGUAGGUGAAGAGACUACCUUGGCGCCCUGUUUGGCCACCUGGACCCUCUAUAUCACUACCGUAAAGAGAUAGGCAGUUCUUCGACGGACGAGGUCGGUAACAGAAAGGAUUCAGAGGUCGCCAUUGAUAUUCGUCACGGUGUAGCUAGCUGUCUGCGUAGUUUCCGUAGUGACUGUCUUGGAUAUCGGAUGUACGUUCGAGGAGCUGCUUCUUUGCGGUGUACUCGGGUAACCACAGUAAUCCCUCAAGCGCUUACUUUUAUGGUGUCCGGGAUGCCGCGCAUCCGCAAUUGGAAGGAAGAUCAUCUUGCGAAAAGACAGGCUGUCUUUUCGGGGUCUUUUCGGAGUGUUUUCGGGGAAACGGAGCGCCGGCCUAAAGGAACCUUGACAAAGGACACGCAUAUAUUGUACUUCUCGCACCAGAACAGAAGACGGGGAGAGUUGAUAUGGGAUCAGUGCCUCCCUUGCAUGCACACGGCGACACACAAGACAAAGGCACGGCGACGGCUUAGGGUGCUUCCCACUUCGCUCGAUGCGGGUCACCACCACACCUGUUCUGCUAGCCUGCAGUGUUUCCCGAUAAUGAUCUUCUCUUCAUGAGAGCCUGAGCUGCAGUGUGGGAUAGAGGCAUUCAGCUAGGCUACGAGAGAGCGCGCGGGCGAGCAAGAAAGGGUGUAGGGGAGUAAGGGAUUGAGUGGCCGAGUGACUGAAUCGAUUGGAGGACCAGGAAGAGUGUAGCUGAAUGUCUGAAUCGACUGGCUGAAUGUUGGCAUCGAAUCUGACGUAGCUGGGUGUCUGAAGACUAAGGGGAC